GCCAGCAGUGGAGAGAGAGGUUGAGUCAGUUAGUUGGCCUCUUCGGUCUGGGCAACAUGCAUAACGCAUGAGAAGUAGCUAAAAAUUUUACUUGAAACCUGCGUAAUAUUAUCGAUUUUUAUCAUUUCAAAUUUCAAUAAGUUUCAACGUUAUUGUAAUUGUGAAUUGAUCAUUGGAUCAUAGUUUAUCUGCAGCGAAAUAUUAAGUGAUACAAUACAUAUAUAUAUACGGAUAUUAGUAACAAGCACGCACAAGAAACAUACAUAUACAUAAAUAUGUGAAAACUUAUAUGUAUAUACUUGCACAUACACAUAGAUAUAUAUAUGUACACUUGAGAUAUAUAUAUAUAUAUAUUUAUAAGUAUGUGUGAAUGUAUGUGUUAACAUAGGAAUGAACGUAUGUAUUUACGUAUAAAUGUAUACGAUACACAUUCUUAGAUGUACACUCAGUGAAUGAUCAUAAAAUAUUAAUGCAUUGAUCGAAAAAUGUAACUGGUUGGAAAGCGAUAAAAGCUGUGUUUAAUGUAAUUUGUGUCUCUGUGGUGCAGUGACAGUGCAAAGAGGUUAAAUUUAUUUAAAAAAGUGCUAAAUAUUUGUUAAAAUACAUUAUUGUGAAAUGAAAAAGUGACUAACAUGACGCUUGAAAAGCAUUACAUCGGUAUUGGAAGUGAAUUGUGACAAGCUCCAAUAAAGAACACACUACGCGUGAAGUGGAAAAACAAGUGCGUGAAAUAAAAUGAAACAGAGUGAUGUGCAAUUGAAAAUUUUAAGUGAAAAAUAAAAAGUAACUGAAAUAAAUAAAAUUGAUCCGCUUGAACUGGAUGGGUAUUUAGACGAGAGUCCUGCUCGUCUGCAUAGAAGUAAGAAAGCGAAGUAGAUGGCCGCUACGACGUACAUGCCAAUAAGUAGUGCAGUCUCUUCAGAGCUGGAUGGUGGUUCAGUUACUGUAAACGGGAUGAACAUCUCCGUGGGUGGUUACACGUCAGGCUCACCUCGCAGUGCAGCCGACGCUGGAGAGAUGAAGUACAUGCCCGCGCCACAGCAUCACCAUCACCACCAUCAUCAUCAGAUGACUUCAUCGCCAUCGCCCAAUAGCUUGUCCCAUCCAGCGACGAGCUUGCCCUCGGCGAAUCCUUGGGCUAGCUUGCAACCGGGAGCGGACCCGUGGGCAGCCUCGAUGGGCAUGCACCACACGGCGUCGCAUCAUCCGCACCACCACCCGCACCAGUCGAAUACAUCUUUGGAUGUGAAACCGCUGGCGGCGGUCGCGGCCGCGGCCGCUGCCCAAGCUCAAGCCAACGAUGGAAGUAUGCAUCAUCGAGCAACGCACCAAUCGCCGACGAUGAGCUCUCCGCACUCGUGGCACAACCCGGUGGUUUCUUCGUCUCAUUACAAUCCCGGCGGUGGCUCGCCAUCGCCGGCUACGCUUCAACAGUAUCACGCGGCUAUGAAUGGAAUUUUACACCACCAACCUCAUCAACAUCCUCAUCAAAUACACAAUCACCAAACGGGAUUACAGCAUCAUCUUCGCGAAUCGCACAAUCAUAGUCCUCCGGCCAGUCAUUCUCUCCAUUCGAAUCAUCCCCAUGAAAGAGAGCACAGUGUGAGCGAAGAAGAUACGCCAACCAGUGACGACCUAGAAGCGUUUGCAAAGCAAUUUAAGCAACGACGGAUAAAGCUUGGUUUCACUCAAGCUGACGUCGGUCUCGCUCUUGGUACACUCUACGGUAACGUUUUCAGUCAAACGACAAUAUGCAGGUUUGAAGCUCUUCAGCUAAGCUUUAAAAAUAUGUGCAAAUUGAAGCCUUUGUUGCAAAAGUGGCUCGAAGAAGCCGAUUCGUCGACUGGCUCACCGACCAACAUCGACAAAAUAGCAGCCCAAGGAAGAAAGCGCAAAAAGCGCACGUCGAUCGAAGUUUCCGUAAAGGGAGCUCUGGAGCAACAUUUUCAUAAGCAACCAAAACCCUCUGCGCAAGAAAUCACGUCCUUAGCUGAUAAUUUACAACUGGAAAAGGAAGUUGUUCGCGUGUGGUUUUGCAACCGUCGUCAGAAAGAAAAGCGAAUGACACCGCCCAAUACUCUAGGCGAAGGAAUGAUGGAUAACAUGCAAUCAAAUCAUCAAGGACAGCCAGGAUUGCAUCAAGGUUAUCAUCAACAAGAUCAUUUGCAUGGAUCGCCAAUGGGACACAGUCACAGCCCGCCAAUGUUAAGUCCUCAAGGUUUGACAGCUCAUUCCCUGACGGCCCACUAGCGAUCGCCUGGGCCUCCCCCACCAGGAUUUGUAGCCACGGCUCAUGAUGGACCUGUAAGUAUGCAAGAUAGUUCAUCUGCUGCAGCAGCUGCUGCGGUGGCUGCAGCCGCCGUUCUGCCGCCUUUCUACCAUCAUUACCUUCAAGCUCGAUCAAGUGGCUAUCCAAGCUCGUAGCUUAGGUGUGAUGAUUUACAGCUGCAAACAAUGGGGAGGCUUAUGUGUAAAAUGUUUGACAAUAUUACAUCGAUGGCAUCGAUAGAUGGGAUCAAGAAACAUCUUCAGAGCUAAUUAGUUUGCCUUGUGAGUACCAGUGUUGCUGCUUUUCAAAUCUACGUGCAAUACAGCAUGUAAAAGAAGAAUCAAGUAUUAAUGAAGCCAACAUUUCGUUUAAAAAGACUGUUUCUUUUUAAUGAUUGAUUUCCUUAUCGUGUGCAAAAGACGAUUAAUUUUCAAAUGUGAACUUGGUUUUUGUGUUAACGCGUUAAUUAUUGUUUUAAUUCACUCAUUCAAGAUGUGUAUGUGGAUGAAAAAUUAAAUUCAUACCAAAUAUAAGAAAAUAUAAGUUUAAAUUAAAAAGAGUGAAAAUGGACUAAUGUAAAUACGUAAAUAUAUUUCACGAAAUAUACCAAUUUUACCAACUAAACGUUUGUAAAAUGGUUGUAAAAUAAGUAUACAUAUGUAUUGUAAAUAAUAUUUCUAUAAGGAAUAGUAAAUUUUAAAUACAAAAUAUUAAUAGCGAUGGCAAAAUUAACUCUAGCCUUUAUUGUACAAAAAAACUAUUUGAAUCGCAGUGGCUAGAUCUUAUGUAAUUAAUCGUGAUAUACUUUGGAAUAAAUAUGCCAUCGAAAUCAAA